AUGCCGCCGCGCAUCAACAUCCCCCCCGUCACGCGCGCACUGCUCAUCAGCCUCGUCGCGCAGUCGGCCCUCGGCGCCGCCAUCCGCUACCGCCAAUGGACCGAGUCGGCGGGCGGCAACGUCGUCGUCGUGCCCUACCUGACGCUCGUCCCGCAGCUGUCCCUCGUCUACCCGUGGACCUUCCUGACCGCCACCCUCGUCGAGGGCAACCUCUUCACACUCGCCGUCGCCUGCCUCACCCUCUACCACGGCGGCCGCUACCUCGAGCGCGCCUGGUCCUCGGCCGACCUCGCCAAGUUCCUCGUCGUCGUGUCGCUGGUCCCCAACGUGCUGACCUUUGCCACCAUGGUGUUUUUCUUCACGCUGACGAGGAAUGAGAGUUGGACGUACGUUUCCCCCCAAAGCCCCCCCAACCUCUUUGCUGUGAUCCCGAUUCGCUUCCGAGUUGCCAAAGCUGACCAAACUGCCCACUUGCACAGCCUCAGUACCAUUGCCGGGACGAUCCCCCUCCAAAUCUCCUUCCUCGUCGCCUUUAGCCAGCUCGUCCCCGCGCACACCAUCACGCUCUUCCGUGGCAUCGUCUCGCUGCGCGUCAUGCGCACCCCGAUCCUCUACGCCGGCUUCGUCGCGCUCCUCGGCCUCACCCCGCUCCUGGCCCGCGCCGCCGUCUGGCAGGCCCUCUACGGCUUCCUCGCCAGCUGGACCUACCUGCGCUUCUACAAGCAGGUCUUCCCGGACCUCGACGCCUCCCAGCCGGCGACUCUACGCGGCGACGCCUCCGAGACGUUCGCCUUUGCUGAGUUCUUCCCGCAGCCCGUCAAGCCCGUCGUCGCCGCGCUCGCCGACCGUGUCUUCGACGCCCUCGUGGCCGUGCGCAUCUGCACGCCGUUCUCGGCAGCCGACGUGUCGGCAGCUGCCCGCGGUGAUGGGCCCCAGCGUCGGGGCGCUGGCGGUGCGGCGGGGGCUCCGGGCGGCGCACGCGCAGAGGCGGAGCGUCGCAGGGCCAUUGCGCUCCGGGCGCUGGAUCAGCGUCUAAACGCGGCCAGCAAUGCAGCGGGCAGGCAGCAGCAGCAGCCGCCGCAGCAGCCAGCGGCGCACACGGCCGGUCCGCCGGUGGCGACGCAGCCGCAGACGACGCAGGCGGCCAUGACGACGGAGGGCCAGAUGCUGGGCGAGACCAAGUUUGAGCCCGAAAGCGACAGCAGCAAGAACUAA